CAACUCCUUUCUCUCUCUCUCUCUCUGUCAUUCGUCUUGUUCUCAUCUCCACUUACUUUUUCCACCUUCAACCCAAUUUAAUUUAAAUCCUAAAGCCUUUACACCUUCAAAUUCCACUCUCUCUCUCUCUCCCUCUGUGUCUCUUACAGGCGUUUAGGUUUACUGGAGAUAUAUAUACACACAUACACAUUCAUAUAUAGAGGCUAAAUGGUCAAAUUCUCUUAAAGAUUCAAUCUUGGAUCUUUGGGUGUUUUUCAAUGAGCAGCAAUCAGCUGUAGAAGUUGUUUUUUGGGUUAAAAGUUUGGAUUUUUUUAUCUGGGUUUUUGGAGAAAUGGGCAACGGAAUCGGAAGACUGAACCUGUGUUUCGCCGGAGAUGCCGGAGAAAUUUCCCGGCGGCGGCACGACAUCGCCGUGAACCUGUCGGAUCCUCUGGAUGAAGGGCUGGGCCAUUCUUUUUGCUACAUAAAGCCCGACCCAUCUUCCAAGACGCAGCCUUUCUCCUCCGACGACUCUUGCUCGUCCGCCACCACCACCAUCACCAGCAACAGCUCCAUGACGACGGCGUUUCACACAAUCUCCGGCGCCUCCAUCUCCGCCAACACCUCUACCCCUCUCUCCACGGCCCUCGUCGACCUCGGGCCCUACCACGAAAAGGCGUCGGCUUUCGAGAGCUCUCAGUUCUUCUCCUCCAUCCCUCUGCAGCCAAUUCCUCGGAACUCCAUAGCCUCGGUCCGGUCCGGCCCGAUUCCGGGGGUGUCGGCGUUCGGGUCCGGCCCGAUUGCGGGCGGGUUCUUUUCCGGCCCGAUUGCGGGCGGGUUCUCAUCCGGCCCGAUCAACUCGGGCCCUUUGGAGAAUCAAUAUGAUCAUCAGGUCCAAAGGUACAAACCCAAAUCCAAGAAAUGGAAAUUUUUUCAUAACCUCAAGAGAGUUUUAUCAAACUCUCUAUCCAAAGAUAAUGAAAUCAAGAAUAGCUAUGGGGUUCAGAGCCAUUCUGGGAAUUGUUUAAGCAGCCAAGCAAGUAUAGCUGAGGAAGAAGAUGAUGGGAUGGAGUCCUUUAGGGGCCAAAAUGUGCAGUGGGCCCAGGGCAAAGCUGGGGAGGACAGAGUUCAUGUUGUGAUCUCUGAGGAACAUGAUCUGGUUUUUGUUGGGAUUUAUGAUGGUUUUAAUGGCCCUGAUGCCACUGACUUUUUACUGCAAAAUCUUUACUCAAAUGUCUUCAAGGAACUCAAGGGCUUACUAUGGAAUGAAAAGCCAGAAUCCUCUGAGAAUUUGAACAUCAAUGAGACCAUUCUCAAGGAGGAUACUGAAUUUCAGAAUCAAGAAUUUGAUCAGUUAAGAAGGUUUAGGGAGAAGCUGAAUAGCCUAAAGCUAGAUGGGAUUGGAGCAAAUACCAAUCACUCAAGUGUCUUGAAUGCGAUAUCCGAGGGGUUGAGGAGAACUGAGGCAAACUAUCUGGAGAUAACUGAUAUGAUGCUAAAUGAGAACCCUGAAUUAGCCUUAAUGGGAUCAUGCCUUUUGGUGAUGCUGAUGAAGGGUCAGGAUGUGUACUUGAUGAAUGUUGGGGAUAGUAGAGCUGUUCUUGCUCAAAAACCCGAGUCUGAUCACUCGAUAGGGAAGACACUAAGCGACGAUGCGCUAUACAGAGCUAUGUCUGAUCGCAAACACAAUUUGGCAUCACACCAACUCACAAUUGAUCACAGCACUUCUACUAAAGAGGAAGUGAACAGAAUUAAGAGGGAACAUCCAGAUGAUUCCUCUGCAAUCAAGAAUGGUAGAGUCAAAGGUUCCUUGAAAGUUACCCGAGCUUUCGGGGCAGGCUAUCUCAAACAACCAAAAUGGAACAAUGCACUUCUUGAGGCCUUCCAAAUUGACUAUAAAGGAAAUUCUCCAUACAUAAAUUGUCUACCUUCACUUCACCACCACAAGCUAGGCCCGAAAGACAAGUUCUUGAUCUUGUCCUCGGAUGGGCUUUACCAGUAUUUCACUAACGCGCAAGCUGUCUCUGAAGUCGAGACAUUCAUGUCUAUAUUCCCUGAUGGAGAUCCGGCACAGCAUCUAAUCGAAGAAGUAAUCUUCAGAGCUGCUAAGAAAGCCGGCAUGGACUUCCACGAGUUGCUUGAUAUACCACAAGGGCAACGAAGAAGGUACCAUGAUGAUGUCUCAAUUAUUGUUAUUUCUUUCGAAGGAAAGUUAUGGCAAUCAUCCAUGUAGUUUCGACAUACAGAUCAGAUAGGAUCUCGAUCAGAGUUGAUUUGUUUUUUCUUUUGACCCCAUUUUUGCAGUAGUGUUCAUAGUAGACUGAGCCUUUGUUCAGAUAGAGAUUUAAGUUUCUUGA